AUGUCUCUUAUGUACACAUCUAAGAAAGUGUCAUUCACGUAAGUCACAUCAUUAUUUCACUUGAAUUUUUUUUUUAUCUUUGUGCAACAUGGUUUAAGCCAACAGUUAAAGGUGCUAUUCAUAAAUGAACGGCAAUAAAUAACACUAUGUCAUAUUUGACCUGCAUUGUGUAGAGGUCAUAUAAAAUGUUUAUGUUAAAAUCCUCCCUUGGGCUGUAGAACUGGUCCAUAGCAACAUUAUAAUUCUAUUUCUUGUUAUUCAUGUGUCUGAGCACACUGGGUUCAUUUACUAGCAAAUGAACUGGAUUGGAGAACUUACUUUUGGACAUUCUCUUGGUAUUUUUUUUAGUGGUUUUAUACACCUAAAAAAAUUGUGUGAAGUUCUAUCAUCAUCACUAUUUCAACUUAUUGCAAGGUACAGCUGUAGCUUAUCUUGCAUGUUCCCUGAUAUAUAGAAUUUCUUAAUCUGACACAUUCCAUAACUUCUAGGAAAAAGGUUUACAGAGGAAGGAAGAAGUUGACUGCUAUAGAUUGGAACUACCACAAUGAUCUGCCAAAUGCCACAAAUGAGGAUGCUGAGACUAUUAUCACAAGAAAGUAUAAUCAAAGGACGAAAUCUUGGGAUGUGAGGACAGUGAAAGUGUCCAAAGACUACGGAUACAUUUGGAUUCUAAUGGCAAAGAUUUUCAAACUUCGAGUUGAUGAUGAUGAUUCAAUCGCACGGGAGGUUCCACUAGAGGCUGAUGAUCCAAGACUUAUUGCUCCCACGAUUGCAGAAAGUGAACCUCCUCCAUCUCAUGAGCUCCUUGCAAGAAGGGGGAGUAGAUUUUCACAAUUUUCACAAACAAGUAGCUGAUUAGCGUUGCCAAAACCAAAGCUUCACCAAUUCUAGCUUGUAGUAUAUUUUUUUGAGACAGUGCGAGUCCUACAUUGACACAUUUGUGGCAGAUGGACAUUAUAGCACUAGUCAAUGCUUGUUUAAAUAAUAAAGUCCUGCCACAGUUCAUGGCUCUCUUUCCUUGUUUGUAGUGGGCGGGAUAUACAAUCAUUUUCUGUUUUCUUAGCUAUUUUCUUGUGAUUGAUUACCAGCGACAGAAA